UAGUCGUUCCCCGGCGUUUCUACCAUGACCUGCGCGUAGUCCUUGUGUUUAUAAAUAGUGCUGGUGCUGGUAAACAACAAUAUAAACAAGUUUUCACCUACGGCGAGCGAACCAAAGAGAAAGGAUGUACGUCGUCGCCUACUACAGCAGCUGGAAGGUGUACAGCACGUGCAAGAUCGAAGAUAUCGACCCCACCCUCUUCGACGUCCUCAUCUACGCGUUUGCCGGUUUGAAUUCGGAUGGCACGAUCCGCGUCCUGGACGACUGGGCCGACAUACAGCUGCAGGGGUUUAAGAAAUUCAACGAGCUGAAGGCGAAGAACCCGCGACUGAAGACACUGCUCGCCGUCGGCGGAUGGAACGAGGGGUCGGCGAAGUACUCCGACAUGGUCCGAACGCCGGAGAUGAGGCGCAAAUUUAUUAACUCCUGCAGGACGUUUAUCAAGAGUUAUGGUUUUGAUGGUAUUGAUCUGGAUUGGGAGUAUCCGUGCCAGCGGGGUGGUUCUCCGGAGGAUAAGAAAAAUCUAACCGCGCUCCUGAAGGAGGUCCGUCUGGAGUUCGACAAGCGCGGUGGUCUCUUCAGCAUGGCCGUUGCCGCCGGUGUGAGCAACAUGGACGUAUACGACAUUCCCGCACUCUCCAAGUACCUGGACCACAUUCACGUAAUGACCUACGACUUCCAUUCGCACGCCGAUGGGCGGACGGGCGCCAACGCGCCCAUGCACUCCCAAGACAGCCUCAACGUGGCGGCUUCGGUCGACGCCUGGAUUGCCAAAGGCGCCGACCCAAGAAGGUUGACCUUGGGGCUAGGCGCUUACGGUCACUCGUACACGCUUGCCAACCCCGCGAGUCACGGUAUCGGCGCGCCCUCUACCGGUCCCGGAUUGCCGGGACCGCUGAGUCAAGCCGCCGGAACUCUCUUCUGCUCAGAGGUGGUCAAGUACCAACAGCAACAGGGAUGGACCAAGGAAUGGAGCGAGGAGCAGCAGGUGCCCUACAGCUACCAUGGCAAUCAGUGGGUCGGCUACGAUGACGGCAGAUCGCUCAAACUCAAGGUCAAAUUCGCCAAGUCAAAGGGACUCAGUGGCGUGAUGGUGUGGUCCCUCGACAUGGACGAUCCUCGGGGAGAGCUCGGGGUCAAAUUUCCCCUUAUCAAGGCUGUCAAAGAGGAGUGCUCGUGUUAAGGAACGAUUGCCCAAUUAAAUUGGGUGUAACUAAAAUAAUGAUAAACCAAUCGAUACUUAAUUUGCCUAAUUUAGGGUCUACGAUGUGCUAAUUUGCACCAUAAUUAAACGAUAAUUACUAAUUAA